CCUUCAGCGGUCUCUCAUGACACUUCAAUAAAUGCAACUAUGGCUGCCCUCCGUAGACUUAUUUCCACGUUUACCAAUUUCACAAACACACCAGGCAGGUUUGCUGGAGCGAAACAACAAUUUCAAACAACAAAAACAUUGAAACUUAUUACAACUGGAGUGUGCCUUGCCACCGGUGCUGGAAUAGCACAUUAUUGCAAUGCAAUCCAUAAUUUGCGCAUAGCACUGGCGAGUGAUAUCGGUGGACGGUGGCUUCUCUCUCUACCAUCAGUAUCUGCGAAAGAUAAGGCCAAGACGUAUGACCUGGAUGACGGGGAUGUGUACAUGUCCUCCCAUGAGAACAGGUUCCGGAUGUUCUGCUCUGUGGAGUACGAGGGUCAGCUCUUCAUGACCCCUCUGAACUUCAUAGAGUCCGUCACCUUGAGCGAACCCAAGAAAAGGAGGAUUUGGAAAUCUCUCUCAAAACAGGAACUGGAGAACAUUCUGGAGAAUACUCCACCUGUUUCUAAAGGGACCUCUAACUUGUUCAGAAACAUGCGUGAACGAGGCAUCAUAUGUUAUACUGAGUACCUUUUCCUGCUUUGCAUUUUGACAAAGCCCCAUGCAGGUUUCAAGAUUGCCUUCAACAUGUUUGAUGCAGAUGGGAAUCAAAUGGUGGACAAACGGGAGUUCUUGGUGCUGAAAGAAAUCUUCCGCAAGAAGAAGGACAAGAAAGAAGAGAAAGACGAAUCUCACCUGCCGGAUACACUGGUGCUUAGACAGGAGCCCUCGGAGUUAGAGCCCAGGGGCAUGUGGGAUGUGCUGAGACGAGGGGCGAGCCAAGUUCUCUUCUCUGAUCUGGCAGAGAACAUUGUUGAAGAUAUGAUUGACACAACACUGUUGGUGCAUUUCUUUGGGAAGAAAGGAAAGGCAGAGUUAAAUUUUGACGAUUUUUACAGUUUCAUGGACAACCUGCAGACGGAGGUGCUUGAGAUUGAGUUCCUGUCCUACUCCCGGGGCCUGCCCACCAUCAGUGAGGAAGACUUCGCUAGGAUCCUGCUCCGCUACACUAACGUGGAAAACAUCAGCGCCCACUUAGAGAACAUGCGUCAGAGCAUACCUGACGAAAAGGGCAUCACAUUUGAGGAGUUCCGAUGCUUCUUCCAGUUCCUCAACAACCUUGAGGAUUUUGCCAUCGCCAUGCAGAUGUACAACUUUGCGAAUCGCUCUAUUGGCCAAGAUGAGUUUACGCGUGCGGUCUACGUAGCCACUGGCCUCAAGCUGACUCGCCAUCUGGUCAACACAGUCUUCAAGAUCUUUGAUGAGGACCACGACGACAAGCUGAGCUACAAGGAGUUCAUCGGUGUCAUGAAGGACCGUCUGCACCGCAGCGAGAGGGGAUUUAAAGUGGACGAGAAGUUCACGUCGUUCAAGUCCUGCCUGAAGAAGCAGCUCUCUGGGAAAUAGGUGAAGACGCACAACCCCUUCACUCCCCAACCCCGAGGUACAAUCUCUAACCUCAGGGGAAAUUCAACUCAACUGGGUUUUUUGUUCAACCUCAAGCAAGGAAUGUGUGCAAGGAUUUGUUGCUACUUUCUUGAGUUAAAGCUGAUAUGGGUGCAGUUCUUCUGUACCUAAAUAGACAUUCUUGUUAGCUUUUAGACUGUUAUGAAAGAAACAAUCAAUGCUACAUAGUAGUAAUGGUUAAAGACAAUCUUAGAAAUUAUGAAUUGCACUGAUUGUAUUUAGGUAUGUUUUUCGACUAGAUUAUUGAACUGUCCCUUUAAACAGCCCUGUUCUCAUCAAGAAAAUAAGUCACCAUAAGUGAAUUCUCAAUGUGUUAUUUAUAUAUUUAUUCAUUCAUCUGUAUAUGUAUCCAUUAUACAUUUGUUUUUGCAUGUAACACUGGAAGUCUUAUUUCACACCAAAUCUGAGUUGUUUGUGACAGGGUCCAGCAACAGCAUGUGUAUUGCAGCGUGUGGUUCUCUCUGGCUCUAAGCCUGUUAAUCUGUCUCUACAGUGGGCACAUUUCUAACAUAGUUUCUCCCAGCCUGUUUGCAGGCUCUCUGAUCCAAUCAGUUGAUGCCAGGGACAGCAUCUCUCCCUCGCAGCACCACAGUGCUUUCAGACAACCUCAUUUCCCCCAAGACCUCAGUUGGCAGUUCCUUUUGACUACUAAGUAACGUUUCAGAGAUAGCAUGGUACAAUUGUGAUCAGCUUACAAUUACAUCAGCAAUACUUGUUUUAACUACCGUAGUGGCAGCUAACCAUUUUAACACUUUGAUACAAAAGACAUGUCUCUUUAAUAUAAUGGAGAAACAACAUUUAUACUACUCACACGGAUAACUGGAGAAGACACUUUAAUGCUGAGAUUAUUCAUCUCAUCAGUUUAUUUAUCAUUGUGGGUGUCUUCGAAAAAUCAAAGAACCCCUUCCUAUUCAAGUCUCAAUGCUUAUUCAUAUUAAUUCUGUACGCAUCAUCAAGGGUUUUAAGUGUUGUUUUCUUACAGACUGUAGACUAGGUCACAUCAGAUGUUUGACGUGAGUGGGUCUCCUUAGUGAGAACAGACUUGGAUUGCUCAUGCUGCAGUCUCCCAACAUUAUCUCAUAUGUUACAUAUCAGAUCAAAUUCAUGGGUUUAUUGACUUACAGUAGCCUAAUACUUCCUUUGCGUGAGACUGCAUAGAAGUCCUUUGUGAAAGUAAUUUGAAUGUCAUAAGUUGAUUUCUUUAGUCUACCUCUUAAAACCUUUCAGAAGCCAUAAACCUCAGACUUAUAAAACAUUCAGUUGUGUUCAUAGGGUUGCAUAGCUCACAGGGUCUGUUAUAUUGAGUUAAUAAAUAAGGUUUAAAUAGUU